AUGGACGCCAUUCGAAUACAUCCGUGGGUGAACAUUGACGAAGUAGACCCACCGGAACGUAUGCUACCACAUGGAGACCAGACAGAUCCUAACUUUGUGGGCUCCAAAAUCACAGCGAUUACUGCUGAUGAACAUUUGACCACCUACACCUUCCGACAACAUAUACAAUCCGGCAUAGGACUGAAGGUCAUUCCACCAGGCUUUGAUCGAAGAAGCAGUUUCUUAGGGGGGAGUUCGUUCCUUGGCAACUCUCGUGAAGGAUCUCGACGAUCAUCGAUAGAGAGUGUCUAUCGAGCUGCACGUAGGCCAAGUUGUUCUGGCGACUCACCACAUGCUGACCUCAAACGUACCACAUCAACAAGAGGAAAGGGCUCAAUAGGUACAGACGAUGCUGCUGCCCAUAACAGAAGAGCUUCGGCACCACCUUCACAAGCAGUAAUACAACCCGUCAUCGUCCUUCCUGGAUUCUCACAAGAUGUGUUAGAGUCACCUAGUGAUUCAGGCUCCUCAUCAAGCACUUCAUUUUCCCUCCCUACAAGCCUCCCUCCACUGCCAGGCCAAGACCGUAAGCCCGGAGCGCGGCCAAAGAGUUUCGCGGCACCAUGUCGGGACUCUGAAUCGAUGGGUCGUCGCUCAUCCGUAGCCUCCACGGGACCAGUGCCUCAAAGCAUGUCUUCCGCUGGAGUUGGAUUCAACACAACACCGUUGCCAGGAGAGCCAGAAGCGAGUCGAAAUACGGCUCUACUGGUACGAAUGAGUACCGCUGGACCAGGAAUUGCACCCUUGCUAAUAGAGGAUGUUGAACUUCGUCGAAGCUCCGUGUCAAGCAUUACCGGUUUCAUAAAACGUGCAUCACCGUUUCGAACAUCAACAACAACUAGUCCUACUGGUAUUCGUAAUUCCGUAUCAUCCGAGCCAUACAUCCCACUAGUCCAGACACCCAUGAUUUCUAAUACUAUUAUUGAUACCGCAUUGGACAGCUCCGCCAACUUCACAGGUCCGCGAGCACAUGCAUGGAGGAACCGAAAAGAGAGCUCUGAUGACGGGAGCUCUAAUGCCGGUAGUUACAAUUCGGGAGAUUUCUCGUAUGAUGUGUUUGCUACAGUCUCAAGACCCGAAAAUAAGCAUCAAUCCCACCGUCAACCAUCGAAUACUACUUCCGCCUCUUCUGAGCAGGUGCCUGUAUUACGAAAGGGCCCCAUUUCUCUCACAAUAGAACCACCAAUGGCGACAAGUGAUGCCCUUAUUCAGGAUACAACAAAUCGAUCCCCGUCAACAGAAAGUGGUGCAUCUGCAUCUAGUAGUCCUCAACGCUCUUCCGGACAGACGUCCAGUGGUGCGAGUAUGAGUGUAAUGCAAAAGGCACCGUCGUUUGCAAGUAGUAUCGGUUCUUACCUUAGUGAGUUUGGCAAAGGACUGGCCAAGUCAACUUCAGCUGAACGUCCUCAGCAACAAUCCGUGGAGCCAUCUGAUAAGGAGAUUGAGGAGUGGCAUAUGUUGCAUGCUAUUCCGAAACAGAUUCGAGUUGCUCGUUUCUUUAUGGGGUCCUCUACCACCAGCAGUUUACCAGCUGCUGCAGUGUUUUUGGAUGUUCAUCGAGUAUUAGUUGCAAUCCAAAACUUGAAUGGUGGCAUUCUCAAAUUCAAACGUGAAAAGUCUCUAUACCUCUUCCGUUGUGAGCUACUGCCAAGCACUGAAACUGCAUCGAGUGUGGUCUUUGACGUUGAAGUGUGCAGUGUCUGGCUGCUGAAACUUUACGGAGUGAGAAUAAAAAGAAUAUCCGGAAACGCUAUCAAGUUCAAGGAAAUGUGA